AUGGCCUUCGACCUAGAUGCGUGCAUUGCCACGUUGCUGAAAAAGCAGCUUCUCGGCGAAGCACUGCUCAAAGAGAUUUGCGAGAAGACAAAAGAGAUCUUGAUGCGCGAAUCCAACGUUGUGCACAUCUCGGCGCCUGUUACUGUCGUCGGCGACAUUCACGGCCAGUUCUACGAUUUGAUAGAGAUCUUUCGAAUCGGAGGCUACGCACCACAUACCAACUACCUGUUUUUGGGCGAUUACGUCGAUCGAGGGUUGUUUUCUGUGGAAACCAUCUCACUGCUUACAUGCCUGAAGCUACGAUAUCCGGACCGAGUGCAAUUGAUCCGUGGCAAUCACGAGUCGAGAGCGGUGACGCAAACCUAUGGGUUUUACACCGAGUGUCAACGCAAGUAUGGAUCUGCCAACGUAUGGACUUACUUUACCGACAUGUUUGACUUCUUGACACUGUCGGUGGUGAUCGACGAUCAAAUUUUCUGCGUCCACGGUGGCCUCUCUCCUUCCGUACAGUACAUUGAUCAAGUCAAGAUCAUCGAUCGCUUUCGCGAGAUCCCACACGAAGGACCCAUGGCCGACUUAGUAUGGUCUGAUCCCGAUCCGGACAAAGAAGAAUUCGCCAUCUCACCGCGUGGUGCAGGCUAUACGUUUGGCGCCUCAGUCGUAAAACAUUUCCUCCAUCGCAACAGCAUGAACCACAUCCUACGCGCCCACCAAUUGUGCAUGGAAGGCUUCUCAGUCCUCUACGACGACAGACUUUCAACCGUAUGGAGCGCGCCAAAUUACUGUUACCGUUGUGGAAACAUGGCUAGUAUCCUCGAGGUGUUCCCCGAUGGUAGCAAGCAUUUCAACACGUUCGAGGCCGCACCCGAAAACGAAAGGGACGGUCCGAAUCAGCAUAACAUGAAUGGUGGCCCCACAGCGGCGAACGGUGGCAAACAUGAAGCCGUCGAGUACUUUUUGUGA